CAGGCAGCCCUGUUGGAGCUAGCCUGCCUCUCUCUCCCUCAAGAUGGUGGCUGAAGGGAGGGCUUGUCUUCUUCCAGGCAGGCCUGUUGGCGCGGCUUCAUUUUCCUUAGCCAGAAGGAAGUGUGUGCACUCACUGCAGGCUGAAGAAAACCAAGCUGGGAAGGGAAGGACUGCAAGUACUCCCCGCGGGCUGAAGAAAUCCAAGCCACAGAGAAGUCUGGGCCCAGUACUCCCCUUCCCGGCUUGGUUCUACUCAGCCUGCGGGGAGUGCAAGCACUCCCUGCGGGCUGAGGAAAUCAAGCCACGGAGAAGAGGGUAGGGCCAACUCCCAGCUUGGUUCUCCUGAGCCUGUGGGGAGUGCAUGCACUCCCCGCGGGCUGAAGAAAUCCAAGCCACGGAGUAGAGGGCUGGGCCCAGUCCUCCCCUUCCGGGCUUGGUUCUCCUCAGCCUGUGGGGAGUGCAUGCACUUCCUGCGGGCUGAAGAAAUCCAAGCCGCAGAGUAGAGGGCUGGGCCCAGUCAACCCCUUCCCAGCUUGGUUCUCCUCAGCCUGUGGGGAGUCCGCACACUCCCUGUGGGCUGAGGAAAUCCAAGCCACCAAGGAGGAAGGGAGGAGGGGAAGGGAGGCGAGGGAGUUUUGUCCCCCAGUGGUGGUGCCCUAGAUGCUUUUCCAGUAGUUCUCUAAAAUUUUGGGGGGGUGGAGCACUGUAGCAGUGGGGGACUCUACAGGAAACUGAAUAGGCUGCCCUUUGUUUGCUUUUGCUCUGUUUUAUUCAGAGUUUGACCUUUGUUUCAGAUUUUAGUUUUGGCUCCUACCCGAGAGAUUGCUGUACAGAUACAUGCAGUUAUUACAACUAUUGGGAUCAAAAUGGAAGGCUUGGACUGUCAUGUUUUCAUUGGAGGCACACCUUUAAACCAAGAUAAAAUAAGGCUGAAAAAAUGCCAUAUAGCAGUUGGCACGCCUGGUCGUAUAAAGCAACUCAUAGAGCUGGACUACCUGAAUACAGCCAGCAUCCGCCUCUUCAUUCUUGACGAAGCUGACAAGCUUCUGGAAGAAGGCAGUUUUCAGGAGCAAAUCAACUGGAUUUAUUCUUCUUUGCCAGCUAAUAAGCAGAUGCUGGCUGUUUCAGCCACAUAUCCUGAAUCCUUGGCCAAUACUUUGACUAGGUACAUGAGAGAUCCCACUUUUGUCAGGCUGAAUCCCACUGACCCAAGUCUCAUUGGAUUGAAGCAGUACUUCAAAGUUGUGAAUUCUCAUCCAUUGCCUCAUAAGACUUUUGAGGAGAAGGCUGAACAUUUACUGGAGCUAUUCAGCAAGAUUCCUUUCAACCAGGCCCUAGUCUUCUCGAAUCUACAUAGCCGUGCCCAACACCUUGCAGACUUGUUGACAUCUAAAGGUUUUCCUGCUGAGUGUAUUUCAGGCAGUAUGAAUCAGAACCAGCGACUUGAUGCCAUGGCUAAACUAAAGCAGUUCCAUUGCAGAGUCUUGAUUUCAACUGAUUUGACAUCCCGUGGUAUUGAUGCUGAGAAGGUGAAUUUAGUCAUCAACUUAGAUGUGCCUUUGGACUGGGAAACGUACAUGCAUCGGAUUGGAAGAGCAGGACGCUUUGGAACCUUAGGACUAGCAGUGACGUAUUGCUGUCGUGGAGAAGAAGAAAACUUGAUGAUGAAAAUUGCACAGAAAUGUAACCUCCAGCUUCUUUCUUUACCAGAACCUGUACCCCCUGAGCUGAUGGAACAGUUUGAAAGUUGGGAUGUAGAAGUCACUGCUGUCCCAUACCCCAAUGCUUCACUGUGUGCAUCUUCAUUACCAAUUAAAAAAGGAGAAGGGACAAUGCAGCAUAAAACAGUAAGCCCCAAAGCACAGGCUUCUCAUGUUGCUUGUAAAAAUGCUCCUGCAGCACAAUCAAAACAGGUUCCCAGACAAAAGCAGCUGCUUAAAAGCAGAGUGGAUCAUAAUGAGGCAGCACUAACUGGGAAUCUGCAGUCUUCUCAUAGAGUCUCACAGCAGAAACUCCAGAUGGAACCUGAUCUUCCAACUGCUGGGCAAGUUAGCAAUCCAGUAGACAGGGAAACUUUACAAAAUAUGCUCCCUAAGAUCCCUUGCUUAUCAUCUUUUAAGAAUUAUCAGUUUACCAAUUCAUGGAGCAUGGCUGAGUUUGUUGAGGAUUAUGAAUACUUCAUUAAGGAAGGAUUAGAAAGAGAAGUGGAGAUUCUAAGAAGCUACACUGGGCCUGGAGAACAGCAUAAGCACCCAAAACAUGAUACCUGUAAUUCAACAGGAAUGGAAUCUAGCAUAAACGUUGCAACAACAUCUGGGGAAUGGACUGGAGAAUCUGACAGUGACAGUAGCUCUUGCAAUUCUGGGUCAUCUGCAUAUGGCCAGAAGGAACAAUCCUAUGUUAAAAGCUCUUCAAAUACACUGCAGAGAGACAAAGUGCUUUCAACAAAUCGGACUGUUCAGAGAAACACUCAGGAAUUCAGUAGCCCUGAACCAGAGAAGUUCCAAGAAACACCUCUGAUCCAGAAAAAGAUGAAACAGAGUGUGAAACAAAGCAAAGAGAAGAGGCAGAGCCACUGUGCUCCCAUUGUCAAGCCCGCCAAGAAAGACAGUUCAGAAAAUGCACUCCAUGACAAAUGUUUGGAGAACCAGAGUUCUGAGGAAUACUGGAGAUCAUAUUAUCGAACAUGGCGGGACUAUUAUGCAGAGGCAUCUCGUUCAUACUAUCAAGUAUACCGAAGACCAGUGAACAUGCUGACUGCCUAUCAUGCCAAUGCAGUGUAUUUUGAAGAGUUGUUGAAGGGUGAUGGAUAAUGGGAACGUGGUGAGAUUGUUCCCUCACCUAAAUAUAUUGAUACCUUUGGUCACUUUUCUUUGAUUCACACAUUGCUUCAUGUCAUUUUUUCUUUCCAUUUAUAUACUGUUUUGCAUAUUCUCCACAAGGUGAAAUGGUUUAGCGGUGUUGCUAAAAACAGUGUAAAAAUGUUAGCAUUUUUUUUUCUUUCUGUAGAAAGAGUUUUUCGUAGUAUUACAGCCAACCUGCUUUGCUGCCAUUAGCUACAUGAUAAAUACGUAACUCAUGGCCUCUGUUUUACUUUUUGGGGGGGUAUACAAUUAGACAAGAACAUUUUCUUAGUAAAUACUGCAUUCUCUUAGGGUCUAACAAACUCAUUUCUAGACCUCAGAUCUAGGAUAGGCUGGCUGCUAAAAUAUAUUGCCAUUUCUUAUCUCUUCCCUGUGAUUUCAGAUUAGUUAAAUGUGUACUUGUAGAAGCUUUUGGGGAUUGAUUUACCUUCUCAAUACAUCUGUGUCUUUGGUCAGAAUUAUUCCCCAGUGAUCCACCUUAAUAUCUCACAUACUUAGAAGUGGCUAUCAGAGGUAGCAAAGUCCCAUAUUUUCCAGCCAGCAUGAUUAGGUAGGGGAUUCUGUUCUGGAGAGGCUCAGUCUGAGCCCUUUCUGUAAGUACUUGAAUCGUAAGCUGUUGUAUGACAAAAAGAUGACAAAGAAUUUUUAGAAUGAAAAUAAGACAUGUUUUCCUGAG